GAAAUCUUCAAACACGCCAUUUUAAAGUGCAGUGUCAUCAACGCGUCGUGUAACGUGAAUUAACCCGCGUAUUAAGAUUUAAUAUAUUUGUCAUAACAAACCGGUUAUUUUAAAAAAUUAAAAAUGUCUGGAGCAGUUCUGUUUGGAAAUAAUGCUUCCCGCGGUACUUCGAAAAAUUUAGUCGAAUUUAAAGCAGGAAAAAUGACCAUGAAGGGAAAAAUGGUUUAUCCAGAUACGCGUAAAGGCCAACUUUACGUUUAUCAAUCCGACGAUUCGUUAAUGCAUUUUUGUUGGAAAGAUCGUACAACAGGAAAUGUUGAAGAUGAUUUGAUUAUUUUUCCUGAUGACUGUGAAUUCAAACAUGUUCCACAAUGUAAAACUGGAAGAGUAUAUCUUCUACGAUUCAAAUCAUCAAACAAAAAAUUCUUUGUAUGGCUCCAGGAUCUUAAAACAGAUAAAGAUGAAGAACAUUGUAGGAAAAUUAAUGAAGUUCUUAAUAAUCCUCCAACCCCUGGUUCACAAAGAAGUGGCAGUACAAAUCCAGAAGGAGAUUUACAAAAUUUAUUGAGUAACAUGUCACAACGCCAACUAAUGCAAUUGUUUGGUGGUGUAGGACAAAUUGGUGGCUUAGGCAGCUUAUUAGGUACAAUGAACAGACAGCAAGGUGUACUAAAUACUAGAGCUUCCAGUAUAACUACACCAUCUCAAGUUACUACAAAUGCUCCAAUAUCAACUCAAAUUACAUCUACACCAGCAACUACUAAUGAUUCUCCUAAGCCAAAUGGUGAGAGUAAAUCAUCAACAAGAACAUCUGGCCCAUCAACACCUGGAGCAACAACAAGUACUAACAACAAAAUACAGCUUAGUGAUCUUCAAAAUUUUUUGUCAGAAAUUCCAACGCCAACAGGAGCAGAAUCUGUUGUUCAGAGGGGCGUAGCAACUGAGCUGACCAAUGCCAUCCCUGCGGCGAUCUCUGCAACGGAGAGCUUGGAGCGGGCAAUGAGCCCGCAUUUGCCACCCGGGGACCACCUGUGUACAACGCUAUUGUCUCCCCAGUUCUCCCAGGCGCUAUCAAUGUUCUGGUCUGCUUUGCAGUCAGGCCAAGCGGGACCUGUCAUCCGUCAAUUUGGUUUGGGACCAGAUGCCGUCAAUGCCGCGUCCAGUGGAAACAUUGAGGAAUUCGUCAGUGCUCUCGAGUCUGAAGCUAAGACUGGCCAAGAACAAACGCAGCAAGGACAGGAGGAAAAAAAUACUAAACAAGGUUCACCAGCGCGUAGCCCUGAUAAGAAAGAUGAUGAUGAUGAAGGAAUGGCUUUAGAUUAAAAGUCAAAUUUAACAAGCCUGAUUUCAUUUAUAUUUUUAUUUAGGAAGUAUAUCAAAUGUAUUACGUUAUAAUUAUUCGUGUACAAUAAAUAAUUCGGGAAAGAA